AGGAACAUCUCUGUGGGAGAAAAAGAAGAAGAGGGAGAAGAGGAAGAAGAGGGAGGAGAAGAAGAAGAGGAAGAAGAAGACAGGAGGGCUUAAGCCUACUAGAACCCUGUGUUGCCAGAGCCCGACCCAGAGACAAGAGAAGAGGGUUGAGAUGCGUCCUGUUUGUGCUCAGCUCCUAUUCGCUGCCAUCUUGUGGUCAAUGCCUUACACUGGAGCUGCUGCUGUGCGGAGCCUAUCCAAAUCCAACCGGACUAACCAUCUCCACCUAACUAGACCUGGUUUCGAGUCAGACCCUGACUCUGACUGGAGUAAUCUGAAUCUUAGCAGCAUUAGCGUGCCUCCUAUCCGAAGGAGGCGAGCCAUCUCCUCCAGAGAAAUUAAUUCCUUGUUGGAUUAUCACAACCUUGUCCGCUCCCAGGUCUUCCCUCAGGCUGCCAAUAUGGAGAUCAUGGUGUGGGAUGAGCAACUGGCUAAAUCAGCAGAUUCCUGGGCUUCCCGCUGCAUAUGGGAUCAUGGACCCUCACAGACCAUGAGAUAUAUGGGCCAAAACCUGUCCAUCAACUCUGGCAGAUACUGGUCAAUCAUUGAGCUGGUGAGGUCCUGGCAAGAUGAGAAAAACUCCUUCUCCUAUCCCAACACAUGCAGUGGACCAGUUUGUUCCCACUAUACACAGAUGGUCUGGGCCAAUACCAAUAAGAUGGGAUGUGCCAUCAACAAAUGCUCAAACAUGAAUGUGUACGGGAGCUCUUGGAGGACAGCAGUGUUCCUGGUUUGCAACUACUCUAUCAAGGGGAACUGGGUUGGAGAGGCUCCCUAUAAGAGUGGCAAACCCUGCUCUGCCUGUCCAUCAAAAUAUGGAGGUUCAUGUAACAGAAAGCAGUGUUCCUUCAGUGGUUCAAAAGCCAAAGCCAAGAAAAGAAAAAGGUAUUAGAAAGACAUCUGUCAUACUUUCCCUGUUAUAAUGGAAGACUUUUAAGAGUUCAUUGUUUCUGGUCAAUUAUUCCGUUCCAUUCAUCUCAGCAACAAACAACUGCAAGAGAGGGUGUGUGAAAGAAAGGUGAAGGAUUUCUAAACAUAAAAAACGAAUCAAAGCACAAGACCUGCUUUUUUCAGUGAUUCAAUUAUAGUACCACUAUUUUUGUGUUUAUCAUAAACUAAUGUUUGAUCCAUCCACUGGAUGUUAGGAAAAUAAUGUUUUCCCCCUCGGUCAUGAUGUUGUGAACUUAAAUCUAUGUAAACUCUUGUGUUGCAAAGCUCCAUUUUCUCGCCAUGACACAGAAAGAACCCAGCUACCAAAAAACCAGACAGUACUUCUGUUGUAUUCAUUUGAUCAUGGCCUUUUUUGAAAAUGUUAAGAAGAUGAGUGCAAUGUACACUAUAUAUACAAAAGUAUGUGGACACAGUGAAGUUGUAGGCCACACAAGCUCACAGAAUGGGAUCGUCGAGUGCUGAAGUGCGUAUCGCGUUUAAAUCGUAAAAGUUGUCUGUCCUCGUUUGCAACACUCACUACCAAGUUCCAAACUGCCUCUGGAAGCAACGUCAGCACAAGAACGGUUCGUCUGGAGCUUCAUGAAAUGGGUUUUGGCCGAUUAGCCGCUUACAAGCCUAAGAUCACCAAUGGCAAUGCCAAGCGUCAGCUGGAGGGGUGUAAAGCCUGCCGCCAUUGGACUCUGGAGCAGUGGAAACGCGUUCUCCAGAGUGAUGAAUCGCGAUGCCAGGAGAACGCUACCUGCCCCCAAUGCAUAGUGUCAACUGUAAAGUUUGGUAGAGGGGGAAUAAUGGUCUGGGACUGUUUGUCAUGGUUCGGGCUAGGCCUCUUAGUUCCAGUCUAGAGAAAUCUUAACGCUACAGCAUACAAUGACAUUCUAGAUGAUUCUGUGCUUCCAACUUUGUAGCUUGUGGCAACAGUUUGGGGAAGGCCCUUUCCUGUUUCAGCAUGACAAUGCACCCGUGCACAAAGAGAGGUCCAUACAGGUCCAUACGGAAAUAGUAUGUUGAGAUUGGUGUGGAAGAACUUGAAUUGACUGCACAUAGCCCUGACCUUAACCCCACCUUAACCCCAUCGAACACCUUUGGGAUGAAUUGGAACACCGACUACGAGCCAGGCCUAAUUGCCCAACAUCAGUGCUCGACCUCACUAAUGCUCUUGUGGCUGAAUGGAAGCAAGUCCCUGCAUCAAUGUUCCAACAUCUAGUGGAAAGCUGUCCUAGUUGAGUGGAGGCAGUUAUAGCAGCAAAGGGGGGACCAGCUCCAUAUUAAUGCCCAUGAUUUUGAAAUGAGAUGCUUGACGAGAAGGUGUCCACAUACCUUUGGUCAUGUAGUGUAUUUGUAUGCUUAUGCCAACGUGUUUGAUAAAUCCACAAAUUGUUUGCACUGCUUUUGGUUGAUUAUAUGGCUCUUGAUUGACAUUUUGCGAAGAUAAAAUAAGCACUUUUAUAGUUACUGUUUUUUAUUAUUAUUAUUAUUUUAUAACACAUUUGUUUACUGUAGAUUUAGAGAUCAUGUUGGUUAUUUGUUCUCUUGUAGACCAAUUCUUUUUUUAAAUAACAUUGUAAUACACUUAUUACAGCUCAUGAUUGGCCUGAAUGUGAAAUAACUGUCAAUAAUUAUUUGAAUAAACAAGAUAGGAGUUUAACUCAGUAGUGGGUGUCUAAACCUUACAAUUCCAGGUUGCUUUUUCACUUAUAUCUGUAUUAAAAUGAGAUUUUCUUCCUA